AUGGUGCUGCGACUAGGAAGAUGCAAGUCUAAUGGUAAUGGUAAUGGUAAUGGUAACGGUAAUGGUAAUGGUAAUGGUAAUGGUAACGGUAAUGGUAAUGGUAAUGGUAAUGGUAACGGUAAUGGUAAUGGUAAUGGUAAUGGUAACGGUAAUGGUAAUGGUAAUGGUAAUGGUAACGGUAAUGGUAAUGGUUAUGGUAAUGGUAACGGUAAUAGUAGUGGUAAUGACAAUGGUGAUGGUAAUGAUAAUGAUAAUUGGGUAAUGGUAAUGGUGAUGGUGAUGAUAAUGGUAAUGGUAAUUGUAUUGAAAAUGAUAAUAAUGGUAAUGGUGAUGGUAAUGAGCCUCUUCGGCUCGAUUCUUGCGCAAGUAAAAGUUCGGCACCACUAA